GGUUUCCCCACGCGCGUCCUCUUCCCGGGGGCUCCCCCUCCGAGACCCUUCAACUGCCAGGACUGGAGUGUGGGAGAAGGAGCCCUUGAGACGUGGUUUCGUGUGCUUCACGGCGGGCUAGCAGUUACAUUUGCAGGUUCCAGUGCCCUCUGCUUACAGAGCACCGAGAUGAAACUGAAGCCAGGCUCGUUCCUGUGGUUCCUCUACCUGGACCAGAUCUACUGCCUGCUGUCCGUGAGGAACCUCAAGGCCCUGGUGGAGUACUUCCACAUCCUCGACGCGCAUCGCAGGAACUCUCUCAACGACGUGCUGUUCUUCCACUUCCUCGAGCACGUGACCACCAUGAACCGGAUACAGAUCAAGAUGGUGUUCGACAUGCUGGACUGGAGCGCCGUGGGCGAGAUCGGCUUCGACCAGUUCUACGUGUUCAUUUGCAUCCUGCUGUCACACCAGAACCACCUGGAAGAACAAUUUCUGUACCGGCAUUCCCGGCCCGUGUUUGACCUGCUGGACCUGGACGGGGAGCUGAGGAUCAGCAGGAGCAACUUCCAGAUGUACCGGUUCCUCUUCAACAUCAAGAAGCAGGAGCUCCACAAGCUCUUCCGGGACUUCGACAUCACGGGAGACUGCCGUCUUAAUUACAAGGAAUUUAAGCUGUAUACUAUCUUCUCCACCGACAAAUUCCAGAAGAGGAAGAAAGCAGAGAGAGAGAAAAGCGAGAAAGAGCGAGAGAAAAAGGACAAAUUUCUGAUGCUAAAGAGAUUAUCACAUCAGGUUUAUGACAUGAGCCUGAAGAGACUGUGGAGAGAAAAGGAGGCGUGAGAGGACCCCGUGCUGGGCUGAAACUGUCAGCAUAUCCAAAGUAAAUGCAAAGCGUCAGGACC